AUGUCGGCUGGAGGGAGUAACCGAGCCGAGAUGAAGAAGACGGUCAUCUGCUACAGGGGAAAGUCAGGAACCAAGAAUACAGUUCCGAGAAACAAGUGCUGGUCGGAAAAUUGCUGUUUCAGAGUACCCAAGAGAAGAAGAUGGGAGCCUUCACCCGUCACCAUCAGAUUCCUCAAGGAUCUCAGAGACAGAGCCAUAAGAGCUCUGUGUAUGGUGUCACUCAGAAAGAAGGCCUCGCCAAAGAUCUCUUCCUUAGAAAAAUCACAACCAGCACCAUUUGCAGCAUCUGCUGAUUCACAUAGAAGCGAAUCAGUUGAAGCCUGCAUUCAGUACAUCAACUCCUCCUCCUCCUCCUCCUCCUCCUCUGCUCAGUCAGAAUCAAAUCCCAAUCCCAAUCCUAAUCCCGAUAAGGCAGUCUCCAAGUCCAAAUAG